CGAAGAGGGUGAAAUCCAAAAACCAGCGGCAGGUAUUUGGUGUUUGCAGGAGGGCGCCAAGUAGACCCAAAACGUGGCGUCUUCUCGUUUCCUCAGGCACACCACCCAGCCCCUUUCACUUCCUUCUUCGCCCACAACUCUCUGCAGGUUUUUCUUUCAGAUUCCUUCAUUCUUUCGAGCAAUUGGUGGAACAAGAUGCAUAUCUGAUGGAUUCUCCAGUUUCUUCUUGCAUUUCUUGUUCUUUAUAGUCAUUAGCCGAUGAGGAAUGUCGUCGCGCGCCUCAACCGCCACCGCUUGGCCACUCCGGCCUAUCGAAAUGUAUGCCCUGACAAUGAUUUUGGAAAAAGCAUAUCAUUGGGGUAUUUGCAGGACAUUUAUGCUCCGAGGAGACGAAAUGUUUCUCUGUUGAUAAACUUAUUUCAUCAAAACUCAUUUUCUACAGGCUAUUCAAGUGUACAUGGUGAAAGGCCAUCUGCAGAGUAUGCGAAGUUGAGGAAGCAAUUGCUGGAAAAGGAAUUUGGGCAUGCACUUGGAACUUACAGAUCCAAAAGACUCUCCUCCAUCUAUCAUUUUGGUCCAUUUUUGGCCUUCUAUAGAGCAGCAAUUAUUUCAUUCCAUGUGUUCAACCUAACCAUAUGGCAGUUCUUUGUUCGUGACUUAAAAAAACGAGCUAUUAAGUUUCGAGAAACUCUAAUUAGAUUGGGGCCUUUCUAUGUCAAGCUUGGUCAGGCUUUGAGCACGAGACCAGAUAUAUUGCCAACAGUUUAUUGCCAAGAACUUGCAAGGUUACAGGAUGAAAUACCUCCAUUUCCGACUCAUAAAGCAAUCAAAUCUAUUGAGAACCAGUUGGGAUGUCCUGUUUCACAAAUUUUUGCCGAUAUUAGCUCAGAGCCCAUUGCAGCUGCAUCCUUAGGGCAGGUUUAUAAGGCUCACCUGCAUUCUGGAGAGCUUGUAGCAGUCAAGGUACAAAGGCCUGGCAUGUCUCUUUCAUUGACUCUUGAUGCCUUGUUGUUCCAGAUGAUUGGUGGUCAACUAAAACGAUUUGCAAAGGCUCGAAAAGAUUUAUUAGUAGCUGUUAAUGAAAUGGUCAGACACAUGUUUGACGAAAUCGAUUAUGUUCAAGAAGGGAAAAAUGCUGAGCGUUUUUUUUCUCUCUAUGGAUGUCAACCAUUAGGCGAUGGUGAGAAGAGGUCUGCAGUCAAUGGCACUCUUAAAUAUAAGAAAUCAAGCGGUGUUAAAGUCCCCAAAAUAUUUUGGGACUAUACUAGGACGGCUGUGCUUACAAUGGAAUGGAUUGAUGGAAUAAAGCUUACUGAUGAAAUUGGGUUGCAAAAGGCCCAUUUGAAUAGAAGGGAGCUCAUUGACCUGGGACUGUAUUGCUCUUUGCGGCAAUUGCUUGAGGUGGGGUUUUUUCAUGCUGAUCCACAUCCAGGAAACCUUGUUGCUUCCGAGAAUGGCUCUCUUGCAUAUUUUGAUUUUGGGAUGAUGGGUGAUAUUCCUCGGCAUUACCGUGUUGGACUGAUUCAAGUGCUGGUGCACUUUGUUAACCGUGACUCGCUUGGGUUGGCCAAUGAUUUUCUUUCUUUGGGAUUCAUUCCUGAAGGCAUUGAUGUCCGAUUAGUUUCUGAUGCCCUAAACACAUCAUUUGGCGAUGGAAAAAAACAGUCCCUGGAUUUUCAGGGCGUAAUGAACCAGCUAUACAGUGUGAUGUAUGAAUUUAAUUUUUCCCUCCCUCCGGACUAUGCCUUGGUCAUAAGAGCUCUAGGGUCACUGGAAGGCACUGCCAAAGUCCUGGAUCCUGAAUUCAAGGUCUUAGAAAGUGCAUAUCCUUUUGUCAUUGGGAGGCUUUUGGAAGAUCCAAACCCUGAUAUGAGAAAAAUUUUAAGGGAACUCCUCAUCCGAAAUGAUGGAUCCAUUAGGUGGAAUCGGCUCGAGCGCUUGGUUGCAGCCAUUUCUGAACAGGCUGCCAAGUCGAGUGAGGAAUCCUCCAAGGAUAGUUCUUCAAAUCCUCUAGGAUGGAAAUCAUUUGACAUGGAAGCUGUUGUCUCAGCAACUGAGGAUCUUUUUCUAUUCAUUCUCUCCAAGAAGGGUUCAAGGGUACGUGUUUUCCUUAUUCGGGACAUCAUCGGAGCAGUUGACAUCGUUCUGCAAGAUGAAGUUUUAGGGUGCUCAUCGGAUAAGAAGUAUCAAACAAGAUCUGAGGAUGAUGCUAUGCUGGAAAGAGUUGUUCACGGGUUUCAGUGUCUCCGUGAUGCAAUAAAGUUAGCACCACGAGUGUGGACGGCUAUGCUUUUUCGCAUGGCAUUAAAGCGGGAGGUUCACAGCUUCUCUCUGGACGUCAUUUCAAGCAUUAUGAUGCAUAUUGGAAAAAAAUCCCCUGACCGUCUUUGGAUCCGUAUUUCAAGAUUCCUUCAUGACUUAGAGAGAGACUACGGUUCUAACAAAGCAUGAGAUGGUGAAGUGAGUGGAUAACCUUGGUAGACUUACAAUAUUUAGGACGACAAGAUAGAACAAGAAGACAAAAACUACCAGAUUAGAGAGAGAGAGAGAGAGAGAGAGAGAGAGAAUGUACCAUCCUUCCAGUGUAACUAUUGACAUGACAUUUCAUCUCCUUUAUGAAAAAGUUGUAGCCAGUUAUGCAAUAA